GCAACCCCACCCCGUGGGCAGAGGGCGGGGCGGCGGGGCCGGGAGGAUGGUGGCGCAUGCGCGCGGCCCUAGCGGUCCCUGUGGUGCUUGUCCCGUCUGGGUCGCCGUCGGUGGCGGCGCGGGGGCUGUCGCGGCUCGGCUCGGGGUCCGCGCUCCGCCUCGCCCCCUCCCUCCCUCCCCCCCCAGCUCCGCCUCCCUCCGCGGGCGCCGGGACCCCGCCGCCGCCUCCUGCUCCUCACCCCCCCCCCGCCCGGGGGGGCUCCGCCAUGGCAAUGACAGGCCCAACACCCUGCUCAUCCAUGAGUAAUCACACCAAGGAGCGAGUUACAAUGACAAAGGUGACAUUAGAAAACUUCUAUAGCAAUCUCAUUGCCCAGCAUGAAGAACGGGAGAUGAGACAAAAGAAGCUAGAACAAAUGAUGGAAGAAGAAGGCUUAAAAGAUGAAGAGAAGAGAAUCAGGAGGUCAGCACAUGCACAGAAGGAGACAGAGUUUCUUCGUCUAAAGAGAACAAGGCUGGGUUUGGAAGACUUUGAGUCCUUAAAAGUAAUAGGCAGAGGAGCAUUUGGAGAGGUGCGACUUGUCCAGAAGAAAGAUACAGGACAUGUUUAUGCAAUGAAAAUAUUACGCAAAGCUGAUAUGCUUGAAAAAGAGCAGGUUGGCCAUAUUCGUGCAGAGCGGGACAUUCUAGUGGAAGCAGACAGUUUGUGGGUUGUGAAAAUGUUCUAUAGCUUCCAGGAUAAGCUAAACCUCUACCUUAUCAUGGAGUUCCUGCCUGGAGGUGACAUGAUGACAUUGUUGAUGAAAAAAGAUACCUUAACGGAAGAAGAGACGCAGUUCUAUAUAGCUGAGACUGUGCUAGCCAUUGAUUCUAUUCAUCAGCUGGGUUUUAUCCAUCGUGAUAUCAAACCAGACAACCUUCUUUUGGAUAGCAAGGGCCACGUGAAACUGUCAGAUUUCGGUCUGUGCACUGGACUAAAGAAAGCUCACAGAACAGAGUUUUAUAGAAACUUGAACCACAGUCUUCCCAGUGACUUCACUUUUCAGAACAUGAAUUCCAAGAGGAAAGCAGAAACUUGGAAGAGAAAUAGACGUCAGUUGGCUUUUUCUACUGUGGGAACACCAGAUUACAUUGCUCCUGAAGUUUUCAUGCAGACCGGAUACAACAAGCUUUGUGACUGGUGGUCACUUGGGGUCAUCAUGUAUGAGAUGUUAAUUGGUUAUCCACCUUUCUGUUCUGAGACUCCUCAAGAAACAUAUAAGAAAGUAAUGAAUUGGAAAGAGACUCUCACAUUUCCUCCAGAAGUUCCAAUAUCUGAUAAAGCAAAGGAUCUUAUUUUAAGAUUUUGCUGUGAAUGGGAGCACAGAAUUGGUGCAUCUGGUGUGGAGGAAAUAAAGAGUAACCUGUUCUUUGAAGGGGUUGAUUGGGAGCAUAUCAGAGAGAGACCUGCUGCAAUUUCGAUAGAAAUUAAAAGCAUUGAUGACACCUCAAACUUCGAUGAAUUCCCAGAAUCUGAUAUCCUUAAACCAACAGUCGCCACAAGCAAUCACCCAGAGACUGACUAUAAGAACAAAGACUGGGUUUUUAUCAAUUACACCUACAAGCGUUUUGAGGGUCUGACAGCCCGAGGAGCAAUACCAUCCUAUAUGAAAGCAGGAAAGUAGUAAGUUUUUACCUGGGAUGACUUCUGAGCCUUGGAAUUUCAUUUCUGUACUUUGGGUUUCUACCCAUAAAAGAACUUUUUCUUUUUUAAAGAAAACAUGAGGGCUGUGGACUCUUGGAGAAGAUUUCAGGAGCUGCUUUUGUUACACACCCUGGUUGUUACCCAGGAUUUGUUCUUUCUGCGCCAUUGAAAACUUCCACAAACUGUUUCUGUCAUCAAUGCUGCAAGCACAUUUUGCUGCUUCAGGAGCAAGAGUUUGUUUUCUUUUUAAAAUCUUUGCCAGACUGUACAGUCCAUCAGGAGAUGAGAGCAAGCCUUUAGUUUGAUGUUGUAAAGCACGUGGUAUUUGUACGGACUGUUUUGCAAGUCCUGCAUUAAGUGACAUACUCGGUCUGCCAAUUCUGCCAGCGCUGUUUUCCCAGUGACAAAGGACUUUAGUACAGAGGAAAUGAAGCAAUAAUUAAAGCUUGAGGUAGACAACUCUCCAGUAAACUAUCUAGCAGAAGGACACAACUUAUAUUGCCUUAACUUUAGUUUGUAGUGCUCUUUUUUAUAAUGCUACUUGGAAGCCUCUUUUAAUAGCAUUUCUCAACUCUUAUCGCAAUGGCCUCAAGUUGCGGUGCACUUUACUUUUGGUACUAAGACAGCAACCCUCAAGCCAUGUAAUAUUUUUCUAAAUUAAAAAAUUGUAUAACUUUUUUUUUUCCCCCCUAAGCAGUGAUAAGAGAAACAGGCCUCUUUUGCCACAAAGCGCAACAGGUUUUGGUUUCUGCAUGGAAGGACGCAUAUACAAACAAUGCAGAUGAUAAAAACUGCAGCUGGUAACACAAAUGGAUCUGGCAUUAGGGCAGAGAGAGGGAGGGAAAUUCGUUUAACCUGAUCAUUGAUGGGCAUAUUGUGUGUGGUUGGAUCAGCCAUGAGGCUUCCUGCUGCUGCCAUCUCUUGGCCACUCUUAGUAUCUGCUGCAUUUUCAUCGGUUUCAAAGAUGAAAACAUCUGUGGCAUUCUUGCUCUUGGUUUCCACCAGAGCAGUAUCAAAUUCUUCCUUAAGUGUCUUAGUGAUGGUGGCACAUUCAGCUUCUCCUUCCCACAUUCCUCUUGCUGUCAGGGCUGGACCAUCCGUCCCUGGAGUGUUCCAAAGAGAGAGUGCCUCCUGGGGUCAGUUUUGGGAUGUGGGACCCACCAUGUCCCUCUGUGAUUAUUGUCUAAUAUAAUUUAUAAAAGCACAUUCUGUUAUGAUCAGGAUGCUCGCCAGGAGCGCCCCAAAGUGCCUUUCUUUGCCUCAACUUUUCUCAGAACACGACUGCAUUUUGGGAGGGAGGAUUCGGCCUCAGUUGAGCUUUGGUAAUUCCCUUCUAUAAGCAUGAGCUCCGCUUUGAACCUGUUUUGUAGUUAGCUCUGCACUCCCAGUGGCAGGUGACAUUAACCUUUGGGCCUAACUGGUACCAGUCUUUAAUUUGUGAUUUUUUUUCUUAAUUUAAUGAGGUUUCUAAAAGCAUAUAUGAAGUUGAACUGUUUCAGAUUCUUGUGAACUUGUAUUGGUGCUGAACACUAAGUACAUAGCACAGACAAAAAAAAAAAAGCUUUUUUUUUUUUUUAAAAAAAAAGAGUUAAAGCAGUGUUUCAAAGUGAUAGGGUGGCUUUUAGUUAUAUUUAGUCCUAACUUUGUAAGUUAGCAAGUGAAAGAGAAUGUGAUUGUAGUGAAACUUUUUUUUUAAAUAGGUGCUUUUAGGGAAUUUCUACCUAGAUGUCUUCUGAAUUGAGUGCCAUUAUGAAGGACUGAUGGGGGGGGGGGGGGGGUUGAGUGAAAGUAUUGUACAUACCUAAGGCUGGGUGAUAACUUGUUAGCGUGCUCUCCCUGAGCCCCCUUUGUGCUUUUUGUAUGUGUUGUAGGAUUAAAUGCAUUGCCAUAAGCAGUUUAGAUGCUAGCUGGAUCCAACAAAGUUGAAAUGCAAGAAUAGCCUUAAUAUAAGUACCAGGCUCACUGCAGUCAGUGGGGGCUACUCAUAAGAACAAGGGCUAACUGAAGUAAUGACUUAUAGGAUCAGGCUUUUCAUAGACUCAUCAGUAAUAUCAUCUUCUACUCCCUCCUCCCCUUUUUUGUUUUUUUGUUUUUUUUUAAAUGAAGAACCGAUACCUACUUCUCAAACUGCUCUAUCUCCUUACCCUGCAGUUUCUUUCAACCAUUUGAAAAUGUUGCCUUAGAAAACCAUUGGAAAAUUAAGAGCUGUUAAUAUCUAAACACUUCUUUCAAUUCCUAACAGCUUAGUUACUGCCUUAAAAUUCAAAAAUCAAAACCCUUUAAAGCUGCUGUGGAUUAGGAGUAAGUGAUUUUGAGACAGUAGUUGCAUUAUUAGCCCUUUACUAAAGGGACUGGUGGUUUUAUUUAUAAAUACCAAAGAUGAGAGAAGCUAUACAAUUAUAAAUUGUGAUAACUUGCUGUAGAAAAAACAAUGUGUAUUAUGCAUUUUUACUGCAUGUUUUUUAAACUGUCUUCUGAAAUCUCAGCUUGUUCACUUUUUUUCAUAUUAUUACCUUUUGAGUUAAAGACAAAGUUUUUCAAAGGCACGAAGAGCAGCUGGGUACCUCAUUUCUAUUGUCUUUCAGUAUGAGGUGGAUGUCCUUGAGUAUGCUCCUCUGGGGGUCUUGGACAUCCUUUUCUAUGGGUAGGUUUUCUCUCUGUCGCAUCACAAGCUUGCUUCCUAUUUCCUAGUGUUGGUAAACAUCUGUAGAGAGUACAGUGUCUUGUUUCUAGGAUCCAUUCUUCACUGCUAACGGCGUAAGACUUCUGUAUGCCUGUUCCAUCUCACCUACACCUUAGCCAAACAUUUUUAUUAGCUGCUGGUUUGUGUGUGUUUUUUUCAUUAGCUGCUAAAUCAAGGUCAAAGUGUCUUUAGCUCUUUUCUUUCAAGCGGCAAGCAGUUUUCUUGCAUUUUUUCCAACUGGAUUUUCCAGGAGUAAUUCCAAGCUAAAUUUCCAGUGGAUCUGAACAUGAGUUAUGCUGCCAGUUCAUCUCUGUAUCAUGCCUAGCACCAAACUGCACUUGUGUUUCUUAUCACUGUGCCCUGACUCUGCCUUAACGUGUAAGUUGAAAAAGUGUUCUGUAAAUAUUUAAAAGCUGUUACUAAAUUGCACUGUAAAAUUUGGCAGAUGUCUUGUGUGAUGCUGAGGGGAGCCAACUUUUUAUGGAACAAUCUUUGCAUUGUGUUGUGUAAAUAAAACUCUUAAGUAAACACAA